CCUUGAAGAUGAAGACUCAGGAUCAGGUGUGUGCUACUUUUUUUUCACUCCUCAGGAGAUGCAGUUGAAGCACCAGGAAUGUCUGAAGAGGCAAAGAGAGGCUGUGAAGCUCCGAAUGAAGAAACUAAGUGCAAAGCAAACUGAAAUCAUUAAAAAGUCCUCAGCGAUGAAGGAGAGUAUAAAGAAGAAGUAUGAGGACAUCCAGAGGGUUCUGAAUGAGGACCUCAGGAUAACUCUGACCCAGCUGGAGAUGGAGGAGAGAGCUGCAGUCACAGCCCUGGAGGACCUGAUGGAAAAUAAUUGUAUCAUCAUCCAGGAGAUAGAGCAGGAUCUGGCCAAGCUCACCACUGAGCUAGCCCAGAAGGACAUUAUUCUGCCUGAUACAAUGGACACAGAGAUAGAAGGCAGAGUGAUGGAUCUGCUGAGUAGGACAGACCCAAGCAAAGUGAACCUGGAUGAGCCUAAAGCUGACCAAAUUCUCACCCUCACCAACAAUAUGCUGCUACUCAUCCACUCCCAGACCCCCAUUACCAAGAGACUCAUCAAGAGCUAUUCUACAGAGGUGUCCCUGGACCCAGAGACAGCGCACCCCAAGCUGGUCAUCUCCCUGCACGGUGACAGUGUCACCUACACAGACACCUGGCAGGAACUACCAGAGCUCCCAGGACGCUUUGACACCACCCUCAACGUGAUCAGCCUGCAGGGCUUCAGCUCCGGGCGUCACUACUGGGAGAUAGAUGUGGCUGGGAAGACUUACUGGGAGCUGGGCCUCACCUACCCCACCAUCUCCCGCAAGGGCCGGGCCGAGGACUGCUGGCUGGGUCGCGGCUCUGACUCCUGGGCCAUGGAAUUCUUUGACGGGGAGUACACAGCCUGGCACGGUGGGGUGCCCCACCAGCUGCCUGUCACGAAACACUUAAGCCGUAUUGGGGUCCUGUGUAGUUUCCCAGCGGGCCUAGUGUCUUUCCUGGGGGCGGACAGCAUGACCCCUCUGUUCUCGUUUUGUGUGGGGGCGUUCAAGGACUGUCUCCACCUGGCAUUGUGCCCAGGUCACGACCACAACGGUAUGAACGCCAAACCAAUUUUGAUCUUUAACGCACCUCCAACUCCUAGUUCUAUCCAGAAUGCCCAAGAAUGCUGACUCUGCUCCUUAUGAUACUCAAAGGGGAUGAUUCCCUUUUUAAGCGAUUUUCUCUCAACACGUAUUCUGACCUUCAACUUAGGCAUGAGAAUAGCACACUAUUCACCUGCUUUUCUUUUUGGGUGGAUAUCUAAUGAAGGUGUGGCAGAGGUGUCUAUAGAUAUGCCAUAUUCUCACAUCGACUUAAUGUCCUAAUAAUUCAUCCACCUUUACGCAAGAGGAAAAAGUAUCUACUUAAUAUUUUCCGAUAGAAAUAACAUCAUUCUCCAUGCAGUGUAAUUUACAAUUUCAUGAGAGCUAUUGAAAAGAGCUAGGUAAAUUAGUAAUCCAUUUGGAUAAGGGGAUUGUAAAUAUUAAUGAUACUUGUUUUAGAUAUAUUUUAUCUUAUAAUCACUGGAAACAAUUGUGAAACCAGUCAUAUGGCAACAAAAUU